CUAGAAGUGCCGUCUUCUGUGCUCAACAGGAGGGUACGUUCUAACAAGCACACCAGUGGGCACUCGGUGCUCAGUACGGCCAAAUCCGAUACACAAGUGUCCCAGGCUGGCCGGGGAAUAACGUCUGACGAUGACCGUGAGUCGGGUAUGUCAUCUUUCCACCUGAGCUGCAGCAACCUCUGUAAAGAUUACAAGUCUGUAGAGUGGGAUCGGAGAUUUUUUCAGGUCAGUUUUAAUAUUAACCUCGUAUAGUCCAUGUGGAUCUGGUUUACCGAAGUAGGUGAAGUUGAAAUUAACGCAUAAGCUACUCUUGUUCUUGUACAAUCCGAUUAGAUUCAUAACUAAGCAUAACCCCAAAAUGUAUAAUCUUCAAUUCAAAAUAUUUAUUUAUCCAAGUAGCGUCGUCAUAUAACGAAUUCUGGGUUAUUGCAUUUCCAAUGUAAGAACUUAGGGUUAGGGUUAGGUGACCCUAACCCGGUUAUUGCAUAUCGAAUGUGAGGGCUUAGGUUAUUAAGAUUAUGACACAUCUAAACAGAUGAUAUUAAGAUUAUGACACAUCUAAACAGAUGAUGUUAUUAGAAGAUGAAAAUUUAUGUGGUUAUCUUUUGAACCGAUUCUUUUAGCGGUGCUCUUUGACUUCAUUCCAUAUGAGGGUAGUAAUGAUCAUAUUGAUAUUUGACCCAAUGCUAGAAAUGAUAUAUUGAUAUUUGACUCAAUGCUAGGAAUGAUCAUAUUGAUAUUUGACUCAAUGCUAGAAAUGAUCAUAUUGAUAUUUGACCCAAUGCUAGAAAUGAUUUUAUUGAUAUUUGACUCAAUGCUGGAAAUGAUCAUUUUGAUAUUUGACUCAAUGUUGGAAAUGAUCAUAUUGAUAAUUGAAUCAAUGCUAGAAAUGAUCAUAUUGAUAAUUGAAUCAAUGCUAGAAAUGAUCAUAUUGAUAAUUGAAUCAAUGCUGAAAACAUGCAAAACGUUAUUGUGAAGAUUAGCGAAUUCUAAAUGAAUGUAAUAGUUGCUCAGAUAAAUAAGAUGUCCCCUUUGCUCUUACCCUAAUUCUUAAUAAAUCUUAUAGUUGCUUAGUUAAACGGGUUAUAACCCUGGCUUUAACCCUAAUUAUUAAUAAAUGUUAUAUUUACUUAGCUAAAUAAGUUGUAACCCUUGCUCUAACCAUAAGUAUUAAUAAAUGUUAUAUUUACUUAGUUAAAUAAGUUGUAAACCUUGCUCUUACCAUAAUUAUUAAUAAAUGUUAUAUUUACUUAGUUAAAUAAGUUGUAAACCUUGCUCUUACCCUAAUUAUUAAUAAAUAUUAUAGUUACUUAAUUAAAUAAGUUGUAACCAUUGCUCUUACCCUAAUUAUUAAUAAAUAUUAUAGCUACUUAGUCACAUAUUAUGUUUUAAGAUUUACAUGACAAAGAGUCUCCAUACUUAACUAUUCUUCUUGGUGAGUGACAGUUGCCGUAAAAAUGCCAUCACAUUAACUUUUGUUGAUUAGAAGGUCUUAUUGGUCUUAUUUGCAUUUAAAUGUUGCGAGCUUUUGGUUCUCGGUAUGGUUAAUUUUAUUAACAGUAACGGUUUUAAAAAAAAACGUUAUUAUUUUUUCUUUAAAUUUCAGAUCCAAGAAGAAAUGGAUCAGUGUCUUAUGGAAGAAUUUGGCCGACAAUCAAAGUCUGAGGUCAAUCAGGACAAAACGGACACCAACAAA